GGGCAGCAUGGCGGAGCCGGGCCUUGCUCUCAGAAAAACCUGCUUUGUUUGCGUUCGUGUUUGUUUGUUUGUUUGUUUUUGUCUUUACAAGAAGUUUAACAACACUGGCUGUGUCGGUUGAUGCUGAAAUCUGUUUUGUGAAGCUUUCUGCACUGGGAGACAGGCUAAUGGACUCUUCUUUUUUCCUCAUUCCUCAUAAAGAGAUUUAUUGAGAAGGUGUUUUUUUUUCACUGCAAGUGUGGAAACGUAAAAUCUGUGUGACAAAUAUGGGGGAGGAAAAUCUGUCUCUCUCUCUCUCUCUCUGUCUCGUUCUGUCUGGUUGAGAAGCGUUCCUCUGAACCGGGAACCCUAAUCCGGAUCUGGUUCGUAUUGUUCCGUUUCAGAACUCGUGCCGCAGAUGCCGUUCCUGGUGCUGCAUUAACAAAUCCUGAAGGAAACGCUUCCAGUCUUUCUCAGUGUCCACCACUAACGCUCCCACUGGAAGUCUUUUUUUUUUUUUAUUUUAAAUGUCUUUUUAGAUGUUUUAAUCCAUUUUUAGAUAAUAAUUAUAUAAAAUAUAACCAAAAAAAAAAAAAAAAAAAAACCAGCAGCUGGGUAUUUCUCAAUAAGAACGGAAUGAUUUGAUAACCCUAAUAGGACAGGAAAAGAUUAUUUGGCAUUGCUUCUUCUAUUGCAGUGCUUUGGGACGUGCGUGUUUGCGUGUGCUUGUUUGCGUGUGCGUGUGCGUUUCUUGCUUCUGUGUUUUUUGCAGCCCUCCUGCACACACAUGCUUGCCGGGACUCUAGCAGACUCGUGCCGGCCCGUUUGAAAAGUGGUCACCCCCUCGCCCCCCCACCCCCCGGUCGAUGGCACGCGGCGCGGGAGCCGAUUCAACCUGGCAGGCGAACGCUGUGAUGGGAGAGGAGUCUACAUCCAGCGGCUCUCCCCAGAACCUGCCGGCGAUCUGCAGCCCUGACGAGGACCUGACCCGGCACAUCGAGAACCUGAUUGCGAUCGAGCUGGGCGCCUGCUGCCUGUCCGACCUGGAGAACUCCGUCGACUUCUGCGACCCUAGCCUGGGGGUCGAGGACUAUCCUUCCACCCAGACGAAGGCAAAAACUCCCGCCGGCGCUACCACGGAUGGCUUUUCGCAACUCUCUCGCCCCGGCUUGCCCGGGGAAAGCGCGGACAGUAAAUCGAACAGCGGCGUGGCUCCUUCGACCACGUGGCUGGACCCGGCUUCCUCCUCGGCAGGCUGCUUUCCCGGGAAAGGAAUCGUCCCGGGUCUCACCUGCCACUUAAUAAACUUUGCGGAGCAGAGCGUGGGGGGGUUUCCUGCGGGGCAGAGGGACGCGCCCCCCCACCGUGACGCGGUGGGCUUCCCCUCCUGGCACGCCAGCAUGCUGGAGCCGUAUUCGGACGUCAGCAGCUGCUCGGGGGACGAAGCGCAGGACGUAGCAGCCAGGCGAGACGGGAGUCUGACGAGGGAGGGGUGGGAUUCCAGUCCCCCCUCCCUGGAAGACGGCGGAAGAGGAGGAAGAACCGGGGGCGACUCGCCGGCUUUUGACGCCGAUAACGAGGAGGAGUCUGACGGCAGCGGCUCUCCGGAGAAUCCUGCUACACCUCGCACAGCGGACGGAGGCGGCUUUCCGCGCCAGCAACCGGAAAGAAACGACCCCGUGAAACCACAGGGCUCGGAGAGCUCCCCAGACGGUGAGACUCACCCAGAAGGGGGUUCAUCCUCCGAGAGCAGAGACAUAUUGUCGGAGCCACGGCAGAAUGACAGCGCCAACGAUCGUCGCGCGGGGGGUGGUUUAUUGGAAGAGUAUUCGAACAUCGGCAGCCCUGUGGAGGAUGUGGCUGAACCGUCCACUUCCUGUAAUAUAGACGGCAUACGGGACAGUCAAGCCCAGCAGAUACUGGUCCCUGUCUCCAAUCAUGUCAUCAACUCCUCAGAGACAGAAAUAGAAACAGCCAGCAGCCCAGGGCACACUCCCGUCCAGGGUACGCAAGGACUCCAGGAAGCUGAACCGAACGCAAGCAGGUUGUUGGACGAGCCACCCGCACACGCCGAAAACUUGGCAGUUCCAAAUGUGCACCGCUCACCCAUGCGUGAAGAGACUGCAGCCCUAGAUGUGGGAUUCCUUGCUGCUGUUGCUACAGCAGAGCUGCCAGGACGCUACUCGGAUGUGAGCAGCUGUUCAGAGGAUGAGACAGGAAGCCCAACCCACCGUGCCGCAGAGGACGAUACGUCCCACUCCGCGGAUCCUGGCGGUCCGAACCGGCGUGCCGAAAGUUUACCGGAUCAGGAAUCGGAGGAGCCGGAGCUCGAGGAGACCAGCGAGUUGCAGGAGGCGAAAGAGACGGAAGACUGGAAUGCAGGUCUGCUGGAGGGGGAGCCCGAGCGGGAAUCGGAGGACGAGGUGGAUGAGGGGGAGAACUCUGCAGCCGACGUGGUCUCCGAAGAGGAGGCGGAAAGCCGGAGAGGUUCGGAGUGGAAAGUCGGUGGCUCUCAGUACAUGGACCUGGCUUCCUCCCUGAGCAUGGGGAGGAUUCUCUUCCCCGUCGUCGCGCUGAAAAGACCCCGCGCCCCCGGCACCCAGGAAUCCUACGACUGCGCCGCGUGCGGGGAGAGGUUCAACAACGCGGAGGGCGUCAUUGCACACCACCACGGAGCCCACACCGAGCAGCGGCUGUACAACUGCCGGGAGUGCGCCGGCUUCUUCACCAGCAAGAGCUUCGUGGAGAGUCACCGGUGCGGGGAACCACCGGACUCCGGACCACCGCCCGGCUUCUCGUCCGGGAAGAAAUCUGACAGCACGAGAGAGCACCUGAAGAAGUGCCGUACGGUGGACGGACGCUACAAGUGCAGCCACUGCAGCGAGACCUUCGUGAAGACCUACGACCUGUACAGCCACGAGCGGAAGCACACAGGGACCACGCCUUUCCGCUGCCAGGACUGCGGACGCUAUUUCUCCCAGGGGCCCAAUCUCAAACGGCACAUCGAGACCGCCAGGGCAGGGGGGCGGAAGACCGGGUGCGUUGUGGGAAACGGAACGAAGACACCGGACGAGGCGCCUGUGAAAAAAAGGCGUCCUGGACCCAGGUCUUUCCAGGAGUCGCAGCAGCGGCUCCUGGCAGAGACAACGGCGAAGAAUGAUCUCUACGAGAAUUGCUCCCGCUGCUAUGUCAGGCUGGUCGAUUUCAGGAAGCUGAAGGGUCGCAGGAAUGCGCAGCAGGCGCUGCAGGGAAGCUGCCCGCUGGCCGGGAAGGGUCCGUACGAGUGCACGGCGUGCGGGCUGAGCUUUCACGUGAGGAACUCGCUGCUCGCGCACAGCCUGGCGCACGGGGACGAGCCUCCCUUCAGGUGCUUCGCCUGCAUCAAGACGUUCGAGACGUCGUCCAACAGAGCGCGGCACGUCGCCAUGAACUGCCGGGCCGGGGAGGGCAAGCAGGGGCAGCUGCUGGCGAAGAUGAAGCGGUCCCGGGACGUCGACACCGGACUGGGUACCUACAGGUGUCCCAGGUGCCCCAUGAUUUUUAAAUACUCCUUCGACCGGAUCCAGCAUAUGGGGCACCAGUGCCCCUACUCCUUGGCAAAAAAGGCGGACCUGGUGGUGCCCAACCCUAACGGCACGGGCGACCUGUAUAAGUGCGCCCUGUGCCCCCAGCUCUUCACCCACCCCUCGAACAGGACCCGCCACAUGCGCCUGAGCUGCAAGAACGCUCGCGGGAAGCGGGACGGGCAGAAAGCCGGGGCGCAGAAAUCCGUGGCCGCGGCUGCAGAACGCAUGAGGAGAGCGAGACCGCAGGACAGCUCCGUCUUCCGCACCUCCGGGGACCCCGCCCAGCCGUACGCCUGCGAGUUCUGCCAGAAGAAGUUCCGGACGGGGCAGGAGUGCCGGGUGCACCGCCGCAUACACACCGGGGAGCGGCCUUACCGCUGCUCCUUCUGCGGGCUCCGGUUCAUCCAGUCGGGCCACUUGAGGGGCCACCUGCGCGUCCACGGCACGAGGUACCAGUGCGACAAGUGCAAGAAGGUGUGCGCCACGCUCGCUGAGCUGUUCAAACACAAGAGGGUGCACCGGAAAGGGGGACCCCAGGGGGACGAGGCGGAGGCGAAGUGGAAGGGGGUCCCCGACGGGGGACAAGGCGAGGACAGGCUGUAUGAGUGCGAGACCUGCAAGAAGCGCUUCUCCCUGGCCAGCCACCUGCAGCGCCACUCGCGCUCCCACGCGGGGCAGACCACGUUCAAGUGCUCGGAGUGCGGCCAGGUUUUCGGCACCGCGCAGUCGCUGAAGCUGCACUGGCACAAGCACCGCUCCUUCAACCUGACGUGCAGGUUCUGCAGCAAAGCGUUCAGCCAGAGAGGGAGCCUGGUCCGGCACAUUCGCAUCCACACGGGCGAGAAGCCCUUCCCUUGCAGCCGGUGCGGGGAAUUCUUCCCGCGCUGGGACGCCCGUAAAGUGCACCAGCUUAAGUGCGCGGGCAGCAUGGCGGCAGCGGCAAGCGAGAGCGGCCCUGAGGAAAAAAAGGCGACGACGAAGGGGAAGGAGGCGCGCAGCGGAGCGGUUCGGAAGCUUGCGGGAGCGAGCGAUAACAGAUGCAAGAUCUGUCUGAAGAGCUACAGCAGCUUCCACAGCCUCAGCCGGCACCUCAACACCCACUCCCCUGUCAACCGAUACUUCUGCAGCAAGUGCAACAAGGGCUUCUACCGGAAAGACCACCACCUGAGCCACGAGGUGAGGUGCAACGGGGUCCCGAGGAAGCCGCGGGGCUCCCUGAAACCCUUCAAGUGCACCGUCUGCAAGAAGAGCUUGAGCCGGGUCGACUACCUGAAGUGUCACGUGAAGAAGUGCGCCGCUCGCCGGCUCCUCGAGGGAGGGGGGAAGCUGGGGGGCGACUCCGGUGCGUCGGGAGAUCAGCCUUCCCGGUCCCAGAACAGCACGACCGGCAGCGGCGGGAAUAACGGGCUGCCGCCUCUUCUCCGCGUGAAGAAAGAACCGGUGGACGAAGGCGAAGGUCCCGGGCAGGAUGUCGAGCGGCGGCAGCACAAGUGCCCGCACUGCCACGUGACCACGAUGAGCCGGCAGAGUUUGGUGAAACACUUGCGUUUGCACGCCGGGGUGAGCCCGUUCCACUGCAGCCAGUGUGGGAGGGGCUACAACCGGAAAGACAGGUGGCGCCUCCACGAGAGUUACUGCACGGGUCAGGGUGGCGCUGCUGCUGCUGCUGGGAGGGAACGGAAAAGAAGUAAAGACGGGCGCUUCGUGAAGCAGACGGGCACAGGAGGAGAGCCGCCAGCCGGGCAGUACCGAUGCAAGUUCUGCACCAAGAGCUUCCCGGGACCGAAAGGGUUGCGCCGGCACAUUCUGACCCACACGGACGUCAAGCCGUACCGCUGCGAGAAGUGCGAGAGCUGCUUCACCCGCUACGACUACCUCAAAGUGCACCUGCUGAGGUGUCGGGGCCAGCACAGGUGGGCGAGGGCGGUGGAGCGCGGGGCGAGGGAGGCACCCGCCGACAGAACCCGGGAAGAGGAGGAGACGGCGAGACAAAAACCCGGCGACGACCGCCUGCGGAAGAAAGCCCCGGAGGGCAGCGGCGGGAACGAGGACGGCGAGCCGGGGCGCUGCACCUACUGCCGGAGGACUUUCGACAGGAGUUCGGAUUUGAGGAGGCACGUCGCCAUGAUGCACCUCACCAGCAAGCCCUUCCGGUGCGCGUGGUGCGCACACACCUUCACGCAGCAGAAAGGCCUCCGCUUCCAUCAGAAGACGUGCAAGAACGGGAACGUCGACCCGAAAUGCAUCGGACUGCGCUCGGCGCAGCAGGAACCUGACGGGGUGAAAGCUGCCCCAAAGGGGACCGGGGGAAGGGUCGGAGUCGGUAAGACUUCCCGGGAGACCUCCAAGCUCCUGCAGAGGAUCCAGACGCACUACGCCAGUCCGUACGAGUGCCAGUUCUGCGCCAAGAGAUGCGUGAGCAAAAUGAUUCUGAUCCGACACCUGCGGACUCACACCGGGGAGAAGCCUUUCGGGUGCAGCCGCUGCGGCCAGCGCUUCAUCCGGAAGGAGUAUCUGAAAAACCACCUGACAAAAUGCAGCCUGCGGCGAGAGGGAGCCGGGACCCGGGAGUCCGCGCUCUGUGAUAAGUGCGGAGAUUUCUUCACCUCUCAGAGCAGCCUAAAAGCCCAUCAGAAAAGCUGCGUGGUGCUGCUGAAGCCCCCGGAGAGCGCGAGCAAAACCGGCGCCAGCGUAGCCGCUACGGAAAUCCAGCAGGUCUUCAUCUGCGUGGAGUGCGGGGAGGGCUUUCAGAGUUUUGUUGAACUCCGGAGCCACCUGCAGCACGAGCACUGGAGCUGCGUCCAGUCUGACGAGCCGGCGCAGGGGAGCGUGCGUCAGGCGAAGGUUAACGGGCUUCUCCCCAGCGUCAAGCAAGAGCCUGAGGACGACGGGUACGAACUGCCGGUGAAGACCCUCGAAAACGAGCCGAGGAAAGACGCGCCCAUCCCGCUCCCCGCUCCCGUUCUUCCUCCCUCCUCGACGCCGAAUAAGAAGGCGGUGGCGGCAGCAAACACCACCUGCCCAUACUGCUUUAUGAAAUUCCGUCAGAACGGGUCCCUGGUCACCCACAUCAGAGUGCACACGGGCGAGAAGCCGUUCGUGUGCGCGUGCUCGACGGCGUUCCACCGCAAGGACUACCUGCUGAAACACGCCAAGAUCUGCAAGGAGGCGAGGCCUUUCCGGUGCGAGAACUGUCACCAGGACUUCAGCCGGACGGACUUGCUCAAGAGACACUUGAGGAGAUGCGGCGCCCCCACCCCCAAGGGAGGGGCCCCCCAGGCCGAGGGGGGACCGGCGAAGGUGAAGGAGGAGCCGCAGAACGAGGACGACUGGCUGAAGAUCUACUCCAAGAACACAGUGCUGGUGAUCAACAGCGGCCCCAAAGCCACCGGCACUGGAGUCCUGCAGACGCGAUUCUCCUGUAAAGUUGGGGACCAGCAAGACUGUGAGUUAGAGGCCCCCGCUCCUUCUUCUUCCCCCUCCUCCUCCUCCUCAGAACCCCGGCACUCCCCUCGCCGGGCGGAGAAGCGCUACGGGCUCGAUCUCGCGAGCCCAUCGGAGACGCCGAGGAAGAAGCUGGAAUGCAGCCUGUGUGGCGAGAGCUUCGACUUGCACAAGCAGCUCCAGAGACACAAGCGCGAGCACUCGGGGCUCGGCCCUUACAGGUGCGCGCAGUGCCCCCGGACCUUCCACUACCCCUCCGACUUGAUGCGCCACACCCACAUCAGGAGCCUCGGCAAGAGACCCAACGAGGACCCCGCCGAGACGGUGACCCACACCUGCAUCUUCUGCGAGAAGCAGUUUUCCAGUCGGCAGCUGCUCAUCAGACACAGGGAGGUCCAUCGGCACCAGAUCCGGUUCCAGUGCACCCGGUGUGAGAAGAGCUUCACCAUCCGGAAAUCUUACCAGCAGCACCGGCGCAAACACCUGUCGGAGGAGGAGGAGGAGGAGAGAGACAAAGGCAAGAGCCGGUCCUACGAAGACGAUUCGGAUUCCGAGCCUUGCCUCCCGUGCCACGUCUGCGGGAAGAGCUUCGCCUCCGUGGCGGCGUUGGAGGAGCACCAGCGCAGCCACCUGGGCAAGCAGCCCCACGAGUGCGGGCAGUGCGGACAGAGCUUCCUCCAGGAGUCCCAGCUGCGGCAUCACCAGCGCAGCCACGAGAGCCCGUUCCAGUGCGGCCCCUGCGGACGGGGGCUCCCGUCCCUUUUGGCACUCCGCAAGCACCAGAAAACCCACAACGCGCAGCGGCCCAUCCCCUGCCCGCAGUGCCCCCAGCGCUUCAGGUACCAGUCCCACCUGCGCAACCACCUGGAGACGCACUCGGGAGACCCCUUUCCCUGCGACCUGUGCAGCAGGACCUUUGCCUGGAAGAGCACUCGGGACACUCACCGGAAAACGCACGCGCUCCAGGAGACCGGGCAACCGCGGGAAGACAGUGUAGCCCCACCCCAGCCCUCUCCACCGCCCACACCGUCAGCCCCCCCCCCUCCUCCUCCUCCUCCUCCGUCAUCUAAAGACAGAUCGGCCCGAGCCACGGGGGGGCUCCAGAGGGAGCUGGCCCAGCUGCAGCAGCCCGGAGGAGGAGGAGGAGAGGAGUGGAGGUUCUCCUGUCAGAUCUGCGGCAAGGGUUUCCGGUACCAGAGCAAGCUGGCUGAGCACCAGGGGCACCACGGCGCCGAGCGACCCUUCACCUGCGUGGACUGCGGCCGCCGCUUCGACCAAGGGUUCCAGCUCCAGGAGCACCGGCUGAGCCACGCGCCCAGGAAACCAGAGCAGAAGGAGGAGGAGGAAAAGGAGAAGCCGUACCAGUGCCACACCUGCGACAAACGCUUCGAGCGCAAGAGCAACCUCACGGUGCACCAGAAGAGCCACGUGGAGCCCACGCUGUACGAGUGCACGGAGUGUGGCGGCGGCUUCCAGGGGAUGGGGGCCUUCAAGAAGCACCGGUGCGUCCGCAAGAAGAAGAAGGACUCCUCGCGCCGGCAGUCAGCCGGGGUCCGAUUGGGAUCGGACUCCGACGAGGAAGGGUUCUCUUCCCGGUUCCCGUGCCACGUCUGCGGGAAAAGCUUCUCGACCUUCCGGAAACUGGAGGAGCACCAGCGCUACCACACCGGGGAGCGGCCCUUCGAGUGCCAGGAGUGCGGCAAGCGCUUCUACCAAGCGGGGCACCUGAGCAAACACCGGAAGACCCACGGGCGGCAGCACCAGUGCGAGCAGUGCCCCCGCAGCUUCAGCACGCUGCAGGCCUUCCUGCAGCACCAGGGUCUCCACGACAGCGCGCCCCCGCGCCGCCGCCCCCUCCGCCACCAGUGCCCGCUCUGCCUCAAGUGGUUCGUGUCGCCCUCCGACCUGGCGCGCCACGAGAGGACCCACGCCCCCAAGGGCCAGCCCGUGUUCCAGUGCGACGUGUGCUGGAUGACCUUCGGACAGGCUGCACAGCUGAGGGUCCACCGCGAGAGCCACGUGGGCGAGGUGGUGUACGAGUGCCCGGACUGCGAUAUGGUCUUCGCCUCCUUCCAGCUGCUGGAGCAGCACCAGAGCGUGCAUCAGGACGGGGCGGGGGGGUCAAGCCUGAACGGGAGCCCCCCGGACCCCCAGAGCCUCGGCGCGUCGGGCUAUCUCUCCGCGGACCACGCCCACGGGGGCGGGGCUGUUGUGAUGGCGCAGGUUUGAUAAGGAAGGGAUACUUUAAUUCCGAGCUGAGAAACGGAAACUCCGCUACCCAGCUUCCGUUUUUAAUGAUCUAAACGGUGGCGGAUCUUAAUAGCGCCACCCUAAGAGGUGUGUCUACCCACCAUCUCCAUUGCACUUUCUUUGAUUUUGAGUGUUUGUUUUUUUUUCCCCCCCAAAGUACUGGUGCUAAGAAUCUGCUCUGCAGAGCGCCCUGGACACUGCAGCUGUAUUCAUACAGAGGUGAAGAGACACAGUGUAGAGAUGGGAUUAAAUCAUUUAAAUAAACCCUUCAUCCCCCCUAUAUAUUCAGCAAAGAAAUCCUGCCUCGGGGGGUUGAGGGGUGGGGGCACACUAAUAAGCAGCAGCC